AUGGAUUCCCCGCGGCAGCCCGAAGUCUGGUUCAUUACUGGGACGUCGUCGGGUCUCGGCGAAUGUCUCGUACAGUCAGUACUGGCUCGCGAAGACUACUUUAUCGCGACGGUGCGGCAGGUGGAGAAGUUCAAGUUGACGGACGUGGACCGCACUCGGCUGCACGUUCUGCGACUCGAUGUGACGGAUUUCGAAGAAAACAUCUCGAAGGCCGUGUCUGAAGGGGUAGCGAAGUGGGGGAGAAUCGACGUCCUGGUCAACAACGCGGGAAUAAUUCCGAAGUGCCUGUCAGAGGAAGGAGGAUCAAAAGCAGCUAUGGAGACUUUCCAAACCAACUUCUUCGGCCAAAUCAACGUCACCAAUGCCGUACUGCCGUACAUGCGAGAGCGCAAGUCGGGAACAAUCGUCAACAUGGGCAGUCGCUCAGCGUGGAUCGACUUACCAAACUUUGUCUGGUACUGCUCGUCAAAAGCAGCACUGCAUGCGUACACCACGACCCUAGCAAACGAAAUGGCUGGAUUUGGCAUCCGCGCCAUGGUCGCUAUACCAGGCGGCUUCCAAACCCCGACCACAAUCAACGGACCGAGCCUAGCAAAAAAGGCUAUACCCGACUACGACGAGAUGCGCCAGAAUGCACAUAGGAUUGCCCAGCAGAGCUGGGAUCAGUGGAAAGGUGUCGGCGACCCCGCCAGGGCAAUGGAACUUUUGGUGGACGUCCUCAAGGGAGAGGGGAGAGCGAAGGGCCGGGAUGCUCCGGUAUUGCUUUUCGUCGGGCAGGGUACGUACAAUCGCGGCAGGGCGUACUGCAAGAACCUCAUGGAGACGAUGGACGCAUGGGAGGAUAUCGCCAGGGACCUUGAUCUGGAGGAGAGCAGCUGA